AUGGAUAAUGAAACCUUGAAUCACCUCAUUCAAUUCCCUGGAGGGAAGCCCAUGCUGUUCGCUGAGUUUCAGUCGAAGAGUGGUCUCUGCACAUGGGAGGAGGACAUGUUGAAGAAGUUUAUCAAGGAGAACAACAAUAUGGAACAAUUGUCACUGCUGUGGCAUCAGUGUGUUGGGGUCUUGGCAGUUGUGAAUAAGAUUUGGUUAUCCAAUGAAACAGAAGGAGACAUGCCUGGAAUUCUCAUCGCUGAUGAAGUGGGAAUAGGGAAGACAGCACUCAUGAUGGGGACCAUCACAUUCAUAAUUGACACGCACUGGGUGCAGGAAGUUGCUGCAGGAAGAGGCAGACCAGCAGGUGUAACUUCCAACAUUAACAUUAACCUCAUGCACAUGCACAAUGCAUCAAUUCUCAGACAACCUAGCAUCCCCAACCUCCCCCACAUCAUCAUUGUGCCAAACUCACUGAUCAACCAAUGGUAUUCUGAGUUGUGCACAUUCUUUGCCCCCAAAGCUGUAGAGAUCUACUUCUAUCUGACAGCUGGGAUAGCAUUUGAUGAGUUCUGGAAGGGGCCAUGGGCCAUGUCAACCACACCCUUGAUUCACCAUAUCAUCCUGGUGACACAUUCAGUCCAUGAAAUGCGGAACCUCAACUCCAACUUUUAUGCCACCCUUGAGAUUACCAAGGUGUCCAUUGUCAAACUGAUAUCAUCUGGGACUCCACUGUAUACCAGCACAAAGGCUGGCAAGGAUGGCAAUGACCAUGAGAAGGAACACUGGAAGAAGCUACAAGCUGCUCAACGAGCACUGAUGCACAAGGACAGGGAAGAAGCCACAGCACACACCAUUCAGUGGAUGGCGGCCAAGCAAACUGAGUAUCAGGAGCCUGGAGUCAAGAUGCAGAUAUGUAAGGUUACAAGUGCAUGGAUUGCUGCUAUCAAGUGUGGCUACAAUGGCCAAGUCAUCCAAUGA